CCAGGCGAGUGUACCUCGGUGCAAAGUACGUACACUAGUCUUUUAAGGAACAGAGGCGGGAGCGAGCAUUGCGUCAGCCUCAAGCCCAUCGGGUGAGAGGAAGCCAUGGCUGUGCUCAAGCUGGCCUUUUCGCCAUCCCAGUGAUGUGCUGGGGAUAAGGCUGUGAGGCGGACGAAGAAAAUCAAUAUUUAUCCUGAACACUUCUCGGCGCUAUCAAUGAGCAGAGAGAAAGAGAGCCAGUAAUGGUGGCAUCUCAUGCUGUAUAUACGUAUGUAUGUGUGUAUAAGGACUCGAUGAGCAUUGGGUAGUGGGUACCAAGGACCAAGUCAAGCGCCAGAGAGAGGUAAGGAGAGCCCUCCGCGCGAGCUUGCGUGCUUGGCACAUCGAUCCAUCCACCCUCGACGCUUAUCUAAGUAAAGGGAGAGACACUAGGCAUGAGAGAGCAGGCCCAAGAAGAGUUAGAGAAUGUGGAGAGAAAGAGAGAAGGAGAGGAGAUCGAGAGGAGACCGAGAGGAUCAAGAGGGGAUCGUCCAGGAGGUUGGGUUCAGCUGAUCCGAAUGUCCCAGGGAUUGAUCUGUGCGACUGCAAUAAUGGACACGGUCAAUCGUCACGUGGGCCUGUCAAAAAGGCAUCAAUAUUAGUGAGCAUGUCACUCAAGGUCCGAUUGGUGUCGAUCUAGUCAGAGUCACGGCAAUAUCGUUACCCGGUGAACAGCAAUCGAUCGUCUUUUGUACAUACAACAUUAUUAAACAGCAUAGUAAUAAUAACUAGAACCAACCCCCCGCAAUAUGCUACGCGCUUUAUACCCGUUCAAGAAGACCCAUCCCACGUCGCUGAGUUUCACGCAAGGCGACCUUUUUGUGGAACUGCCCGGGGCUGCCAAUGACAAGAAUUGGUUCUACGUCAUGGAUGGCAAUGCUGGAGCGGGAUACAUUCCGAGAAACUAUGUGUUCUUGGAAAGGAUCGCCUUCGACAAGCUGGCCACCCACAUUGACGGUCUCAAGGAUCGGGUGCGGUUAUCUGGAGCCGUUGAAAAAGAGAAAGCCGAACUCAUCGCCAAGUUGGAGGCGGUGUGUAGUAAAUAUAAGAGCGAUCGCUCGGCGAGCAUCACUCAAAGGAUCCCGGUGCCCGACACGAGUCCACCCAUAAUCGCUAGUCCUCGGUCUGUCAGUCCCAAAUCGACCCAUUCCUCCGACCGUUCGGCCACCCCGCCCAAGUCAGGUAAAAAGAGGGCGGCACCCCAACCGCCCCAUCAGGCUGUGAAUCUGUUACAGAAUAGUGAAGGGGGUGUUUCGGAAAGCCCCGAUGGUGGCAACAGUCAAUCCAGCUCGCGACGAUCCAGUGAAGAACGCCGCGGGAGCUCCGAAAAGCUCUUACAGCAUCGGCGGGCCUCGAUCGUGGACCCUAAUGACGAGCAAAUCCGAUCCUAUGCCCGAGAGAUUGUGGAAUUGGUCCGAGUGGAAACCGGAUUGAGUCAUACCAAUUCUCAGAGCGUGGUCCAAACGGUCUUGCAAUACGUUAGCACUAACUUCCAGCGAUUGGAUAGAAAUGUACCCGCCUUGUUGGCGGAGUUGGACAAACCCGUCUUGAAUGACAAAGAGGAUAUCGUGGCUAGUGCCGAUACCAGGGCUAUUGAGAGCCUUUUUGAGCAAUUGACCCAAGCCAAGGAUGACGAGCAACAAAGGAACUGGAUGCUCUUUGAGGAUGAGGCCACUAUACGGAACCUUCUACAAAAUUUGUCAGAGAGUUUGUCCAACUCCGACCGACGAGUGUCCACUUACGUCAUGAGCAAGUUCAAAUACUUCUACAUUCUCAACCUGGUGGAAUACUUUCAAAUGGAGACACGAUGGGCUUUGCGGAAGCCGUUGAUCGAGAAUUUCAUGAUCAUGUGCUCGCUCGAUCCGGUGAUAAUAUCUCUCAUGCUGAGUUCCGUUCUUCCUUUAGAGUUGGCCCAGGAACUGUUCCAAUACACUGAAAAUGUUCCCAGACUUCGACAUUGCGCCCUGCUCCUCACCAUCAUAUUUAGCCGUGGCGAGCCCAUGCCCGUGCAUUACUUCUCACAACUAGGAUCUUCCUUCGUCACAUUCCUACUCGACUAUAUUGAGGCUCCACCCACUCCUGACUCGGAACACGAGAUCCCAGACGUGUUCAUCGGUUUAGCUCUCAGUUACAAUCUCCAAUUUCCAGAUAUCCAGACCAAUGUCAUGGUAAGCUGCCUCAGUGGCCGAUCCGGAGCCAAAACCUGGACGGAAAAGGUACUCCUCCUUUUAAAUCGAGAAGAGGAUCCCACUGCUAUUGUUGGUCGUGACACAGGAUCGCGAGAUCUACCACAUUCAGUCCAUAAGAUCAUCAUGGAUAUGUUCCUCCACGAUAGCUGCCAUCAGCUAUUUUAUACCAAUGAUAUCUACGUUCUUAUCGAUAUCAUUGUCCGGCAACUCUCCGAUCUGUGUCCGGAGGAGCCCAAACGUCGAAUGUACCUCUCCAUGUCGCACAUUGUUCUGACUCGAUCUGAAUACUCAGACCAUCUUCAUCGCUUCAAAGAUCUCGAGAAAUGCUUCAUACGGAUUUUAGACGAGGAGGAAGUCACCAAUGACAAAAAUAUCGUAUUGACCAUUUGCCGGGAGGUAGCGGCAUUUAAUUCAUUACUUUGAAAAUCAAGUUCUUUCAAAAUGUGCAGUACUCGUGUCUUCUGGAUGGUCCAAUAAAGAAAAAAAAUGGCGAA